UUCACCGCAGACUCUCGCAGCUGUGAUUUCUCUUGGGCAAACUCUGAGAGAUUUCGGAAUGAAGAUCCUCGUUUGCCUCUUUGCAAUCUGCACAUUAUUACCAGCUGUCACCUCGAAUAAGCUCCUCAAAGACACAGGACAAGGACAAGGAAAUCCUUCUUCUGUUGAGGGAAAUGACCAAGACGUAUACGUAGUGAAGGUUGUCCCUGCACAUAUGACGGCACAGGGAACAACUAGUGAGAAAGUGCAUUUGAAGGUACAAGGAUCAGCCAACGAGAGAGAACAUGUAAAGGUACAAGGAACAGCCAGUGAGAGAGUACAUCUAAAAGUACAAGGAACUAGUGAAAGAGUCGAUGGUGAGAUUAAGAAGACGGGGAAGAAGGAAGGAGAGGAGAAGGUUUUUUUGGAGAAGAAUUUGGAGUUUUGUAAAGUAAUCCAUCAGAUGCUUGCCUGUGACUUCAAGGGGAAGAAGUUGGUGAGAGUAAAGGAUUUCCCAGCUGGUGAGGGCGUCGAAAAACUCAUCAUAAGGAACGUCGUCGAAGUGCUCAUAUCGGGGCCCGUGUGCCUCGACCUCGUGCUGGAGGACAUCGGGAACGUGACGGUCGAGGGACGGCUGCCCUCCGACUGCCCGGCGGGGAGAGAGCUCGUGCUGAAGAACGUCACCCUCAACCGUCUGCCGGAAGCUGUGAAUUCGGUCUACGUUUCCACUUCGGUUAUCGAGGAGAUGGCCUUGCAUGUGGCGGAUACGUUCCUGGUGAAAGAGAGUAGAAUAGGGAGCCUGAACGUCUCGACUUCUCCCAAAAGCGGAGUCGACGUUACGCUCUAUCAAACCGAAGUCGACCUGCUGGAAAAGCUACGCGUGGGCAAUGGCUCAGCGUUGCAUGUAUUCAACUGCACCUUUGGCAACAUACGGAAGCAUGCGGUGAUUCUCGGCCCGGGUAAACAUGUGGUCCGCGACAUCAUCAUGAAACAUCCCUCUUCGACUACACUCAACAUCGGCCUGAGAGGAGAAGCGGAGGCCACUUUUACAAAUGUUUCCGGCUCCAUGAAAGUUGUCCACGAACCCUGUCCUCUCGCCGUGCGCCAGACCCCCUGCUCCCCCCGCCCCCGCGGACGCCGCCCCAAGCCGUCCUUCCGUCAACCUUGGGAGAGAAGAGCUAAAAGACAGAGACUUGGCGCCUCCGUGUGUGGUCAUCCAGAGCGGGAAGGACUUCGAAAACUGCCAGAUGUUUGUGAUUCUGUUUACGUUCUCGGUCUUCCUGAACAUCAUCCAGUUGCUGUUCAACCAGCCUCGGGAUCUCCUCAUGAAGAUGUGUCAUAUCGAAUCGCCUUCCUCCGAUCGCCCAGGCAGUUCGAGGCGGAAGAGAGACAGCACAAUGAGCGAAGACGGGGACGCAGCCUUCCUCACGGACGCGAACGUCGUCGGAGGGAAACGAGGAACGUCCUUCCCGGGCAACGACAGGGCGCUCGGAGACGACAACGGAGACGCUUUCGGGAACCCAGUCUUCGUCAGCGAGAUCCAGAUGAUCGACGAAAGACGCCCGAGAACAUACCGGCAUAGCGUGAGUGUUGAUUCGAAGGAAGAAGCGGAAAUUUUACUAAAUGGAUCGGAAUCUAAGAAAUGUCUCUCGGUUCCACGUCGACGCAUUCGCUCUAGCAACAGUUCGUAGAAGACUUUUCGUCUGUUAUCAGUAAUUGAUAACACUGAUAAGGCAGAAAAAUGCAUUUCCUUCAACAUUUGCCUAACACGGAAGGUUUAUGUCGGUCGGCCCAGUUUAUAUGGAUGUGAAUUUCAAGGCAACUCACGAUUUUCAUUUAGAUAUGUGAAUGUUUAUGGAUAUUGUUAUAGAUGAGUUAUCCAUGUCUCGUAUAAUAAAAAGUGAUAUGUAACAAUAAGAAUUAUUAAAAAGAACAAUGUUAUCUCUCUA